AUGACGGCGUCAGAAACGCCUGAAGAAUAUGAAGCCAGGUUAACAAAGCAACGUGAGCGAUACACACAGAUGAUAGCGUCAGAAACGCCUGAAGAAUAUGAAGCCAGGUUAACAAAACAACGGGAGCGAUACACACAGAUGAUAGCGUCAGAAACGCCUGAAGAAUAUGAAGCCAGGUUAACAAAACAACGGGAGCGAUAUACACAGAUGGUAGCGUCAGAAACGCCUGAAGAAUAUGAAGUUAGAUUAAUACAAAGCCGUGAAAGACAAAGACAGCAGUUGGGUUCAGAAACGCCUGAACAUCGCGAUACGAGGUUAAAUAAACAACGAGAGCGUACCCAGCAAUGCAGAGCUAAUAGUCUGCAGACAUUCGAGAAUGCUAUUAACACAAUUUGUAUACAUGUUUGUGAUAUUUGUACCAAACGUUGUUAUCCUAAUCAAGUUCGUACAGUUCGGUACAACGCUGCUGCAUUAACAUACUUACCUGUGGAGUUAACUUCGAAAAUAUCAUUGUUAUUAUGUUCCCGCUGUCAAACACAUGUUACUAGUAAUAAAACAACAGCACCACCAAAAGCUUACUGGAAUAAUCUGGAUCCAGGUUCUAUACCAGACGUUAUUCAAACAUUGACACAGGCGGAACAACGUUUGCUGUGCAGAAUAAUUCCCUUUGUUAAAAUCGUGAAAUUGAGUGGCCUCUAUGGGCAGUACGGUAUUCGCGGACAGGCAGUUUUAUUUGCCCAAGAUAUCUUUGAAGUCAGUGAAAGACUGCCUAGUAUGCUACCAAGAUCUGCAAGCCAGGUAGGCAUUAUUGUAGUAACCGAACGAUUAGAAAAUUUGAACAUCACCAGAGAAUUCACAAUAUGUCGCGAAAAAGUCUAUAGUGCUUUAAGAUGGUUAAUCAGAAAUAACCCGCUUUACAAAGAUGUACGUAUUAACGAUAAUGCCCAAAUUAGUGACCAGGAGUUAGUACGACUUAGUGUGCCCGAAUUGUCUGAAGAUGAAGCGUCCAAAAGAAAUGAAAAUGAAAUUCGAAAUGCAUUCAUUCCAAUUAAUAAUGUUGCAAGAAUUAUUCGAGCUUCAUGGCAUCAAGGUGACUACAACGUCUUUACUUCGCGAUAUGCUGGUGUACAAUGUAGUGCUAUGUCGUUGGCGAACAUUGUCCAAGCUGCAAUCCUAAGCCCUAAUCAAUGGGACGUCAAUAUUCUGAAUGCUAAUAUGUUAGCGGGUGACGCCUUAUAUUGCUGGAUUCGUACCCAGCUUGAUCCUACUGAACUGGAUGAAACAGGAUAUUUAGAGAUACGAAACUUUCAUAUCGUCAGGCAAAGUUUACAAAUGUAUGAAUGCCGAUUUUCUAUAGAAUAUGAUGAAGACACUCUUUUAUUCGGGAGUCUCCAAGAUUCUGUAAAUACCAAUAAUAUCGGCAUUACAUUACAUACAGCUUUAAAUAGAUUAUUUGAUAGUCAUUCUUCAGGAAUAUUGACAGCGUCAAAUAAAUCUGUUAGCGUAUUUCGCGGUGAAGACAAAUACUAUUUUGCUGACUCCCAUUCUUGUGGCCCAAAAGGAAAACCAACACCAGAAAAUGGCAAAGCCUGUGUUAUAGAAUGUGACAACUUACAAGAACUGUGCCGCAUCUGUAAAAGAUGCCUCGGAUCCCGUAAUAUCGCGUACACCCUUACACGCGUAGACGUACAUUUGAGGGAAAAUAUUAUCACUCGUCAGGGUGUUCAAGUACAGCAACAGGAAGAUGCCAUCACUCAUCAGGAUGUACAAGUACAACAACCGCUUUCGAAUCUGAGAUCUGAAACUAUAUCUAUACAAACAUCUGUAAUGUUGCCUAUUGAUAGCGUCCAACCUGAUGUUGAAGAUGAGCUAGAGGUAUCUGAAAAUGUAAACGAAAUCAGAAGAAAGACGAAUAAUAAUAUUGUGAAUGAAGCUUAUGAGUUAAAAGCAGAAGAGUUCGCAUGGUAUCAGCUUUUCCCGUAUGGUAAAAAUGGUUUGAAAGAACAACGGCCCGUAAAUAUAAGUCCUUUGGAUUACUAUCAAUUUCGUUUAUUAGGUGCUGAUGUUAGAUUUCAGCGCAACGAUUACCUAUUCUAUGCUCUAUCAAUGUUUGAGUACUAUCGAGUUAAAUCAACCAUUGCAGCUUGUGCUAGAAAAGUUGAAGGUGAAAACGGCAAUCGAGUGGAAGACCUGCACUUAUAUUUAAAAAAUCUAAGAGGUUCCGCUGCUUAUUGGCGUAGUGCUCUUAGUGAUCUUAUAGCACAAAUCAGAUGUUUAGGACCUCCCACUUAUUUUGUUACAUUGAGCUGCAAUGAUCUUCACUGGAAGGAUAUGAAAAGAGGUCUCCUUGUUAGUGAUGGUAAACAGCACAUUGACCCAGAUGACAUAGAUAUUCAGGAAACUCAGAGACUCAUCGAGAUGUAUCCAGUUGUUGUGAGUAGACAUUUUAUGGUACGUGUUAAUGCGCUAAUGCAGUUUCUUAAAACUGAUACUGAAAUAUUUGGCGGUAAAGUUAAAGAUCAUUGGUGGCGAAUCGAGUUUCAGAACAGAGGAAGUCCUCAUUUGCAUAUGGUUGUUUGGAUCGAAGAUCACCCGUCUGUUGCGACACCUGAAGGAAUAGCUCGCAUUGAUUCAGUCUGUAGUACUGCCAUUCCUCCAGAAACUUCAGAACUAUAUGAAUUAGUUAAAAAUUGUCAAAUACAUCGACACACUAGUACCUGCACGAAAAAUAAUUCUGUUUGUCGUUUCAAAUUUCCACGCUCGGAAUGCUUAGAGACACAUGUUAUUGAUCCUUCAUCUAACGAAUUCAUCUACAACGGUGGUCGCAUUUGCGUUCUGAAAAGAAAAAGUGAAGAUGGUUGGGUAAAUAAUUACAGUCCUGCUUUGCUAAAAAUGUGGAAAGCCAAUAUGGAUAUACAACCGUGUGGUACAAAUGAGUCGAUUGCGUAUUACAUCGCUAAAUACGUGUCAAAAUCAGAACCUACAAACCUAGAUGGUGAAGUAUCUCGAGCUAUUCAACAAAUUAGAAGAGAAGAAACUGACGUCUCGCGUAAGCUGUUUAAAAUAUGCAUGCGCAUAUUAAGAGAACGUCAAGUUUCAGCCUGCGAAUGCGUAUUCAGGCUAUGCCAUUUGAGUAUGCGUGACAGCUCGAGAAAAACAAUUUUUGUCAAUACUCGUAAAGCGGAACAAAGGUAUAAAGUGUUGAAGUUUAAUGAAGCUGGUCAAGCAGCAGGAUAUUGUGCCAAUAUUUUCGAACGAUAUGAAAAGCGACCAGCAGAGCAUCCCAACUAUGAUUUUAGCAAUAUGUGUCUCAUAGAAUUUGCGAUGUUAUUUGAGCCACACUACACAAAACCGCCAGUUAUAAAUGAAGAGAGCAUCGAUACCGAUGCUUAUGCACCGCACGAGCAAACAACAAGAAGGCGUCUUAUAACUUUAACAGACAACACCAAAAUGACUAUUAGAAACACGCCAGCUGUAGUACGGGUACCUAACUUCGUAGCAGCUUCUGAUCCAGAGUCAUAUUAUUACAGUUUACUAAUCCAGUAUAUGCCGUAUCGCAAUGAGGCCGAACUUUUAGGAGAAUUUAAUAGUGCCAGAGAUGCGUUUCUCGCCAACGAAGAAAGUUUAAGACAAACAAACGCCUACUUGGAAAUAUAUCGUGAACGUGACAGGCAGCUUGAAAAUGCAUUCGCGCAAGUACACGCAUUUCAGAUACUGGAUCACGCAGAGCCGAUGGAACUAGACCAUGAAGAAGAAGUUCCUUAUUUGCCAAUGAAUGAAGACCAGUUCUUACAGGCUAAGCAGUCUAUGAAUGCAGGACAAAAGGAAAUUUUUACAUUAGUUACCCAGUCCAUACAAAAUCAAAUGUCAGGUGCUGAAGAACGUUUAAAAAUAUUCUUUACAGGAGGAGCUGGUGUGGGCAAGACUUUUCUAUUAAAGUUAUUACGAGACCAAAUUAAUAGGUGCUACGCAAAGGAUGCGGUUAAAGUCUACUCACUAACAGGAGUUGCAGCUAGAUUAAUAAAUGGAGCUACGAUACACAGUACUUUAAAAUUGCCUGUACAGAAAGACGGUCGCAUAACAGGUAUGUCACCACUGUCCGGAAACUAUUUGCGAAUAAUGAGGCAACAAUGGCAUCAGACAGAAUUUUUGAUUGUCGACGAGAUUUCCUUGGUGUCUUAUCAAAUGUUAUGCAUGAUGGACGCUCGAUUAAGGCAAAUUAAGAACUGUGAAAAUGAGUUUUUUGGAGGAGUAAACGUAUUACUUUUCGGUGAUCUUUUACAACUGCCUCCUAUAAAACGAUCAGGAACACCUGUUUUCAAACAGCCAGAACAUCUCCAACCAGCUACACAUCUCUGGCGUUUAUUCACGCUGUGUGAAUUAACUGAAAAUAUGCACAAAGCGUUAAGGGUAUACCCCACAAAUCAACAAGUUAACGACCACAACUCUGCUGUAUUGAAUUUGUACAGAAAUAAUGGUGCUCGCAUUUACAAAAUAAAAGCGCAGGAUCAGCUAGUACACGCCACACGAAAUGCAGACAAUGUGGAUAUAGCUACUAUAAUACCAGCUGAUAUCAACAAAACUGGGGGUUUACCAGCGGAACUGCAAAUAUUUGUGGGGGCAAAAGUCAUGCUACGGUCCAAUAUUGACGUUUCAAAAGGAUUAGUAAAUGGCGCUAUAGGCUACAUCAACGAAAUCGUUUGGCCUCAAUUUCGUCGAACUCAGAUGUAUGCAACAGAUGUACCUUCCGUCCGAAUUGAUUUCGCAAGAGACGGAGUACAUCUUAUACACCCGAAAGCCAUACAGUUUCCAGCUAAGUACAAUUACGGGACGGCUGAAAGAAGAAUGUUGCCUUUAAUACUAUCAUGGGCUUCUACAAUACAUAAAAUGCAGGGCAGCACUGUGGAUCACGCAGUCGUAUACUUAGGUGCGAAACUGUUUGAAGAAGGUCAAGCCUACGUGGCUCUUAGUAGAGUAAGAUCUUUGCAGGGACUACGUAUAGAGGAGUUGGACUGCAAUAAACUAACGGGCAAGAAACCUUGCAAUAAUGAAGCACUAAAUGAAUUAAACAGAAUGCGAAAUAAAAACUAA